UGAGUUAUUUUUCCGUCUUGAUUCAUCCACAGUUACACUCAGGCACUGAUCUAAAUCAUCCGCCACCCGACUUUCCUCUCUCUCUAAUCCACCAUGGCCGAACCCAACACCAACCCUCCCCGCCCUGUCAAGAUCAUCGCUGGCGCCGAUCCAUUCGGCACCGACUUAAAGGACGCUCUAGUAUCCCACCUCCGCUCCAUCAACAUUGAAGUCGAAGACCUCGGCACCUCCUCCUACUACUCUAUUGGCGCCGAGGUCGGCCGCCGCGUCUCCUCCUCAUCCGCCGAAACUCGGGGCCUUGUCUCCUGUGGUACCGGCGUCGGCGUCGGCAUGUUCGCUAACAAAUACCCCGGAGUCUUCGCUGCCACUUGUCUCACACCUUCCGAUGCUCAAAACGCUCGCUCCAUCAACAACUCCAACGUUCUCGCCAUCUCAGGUAAGUCCACCUCCAAAGACUCCGCCAUUGAGAUUCUCAAUACGUGGCUUAACACCCCUUUUAAGGCGCCAUGUCCCGCGUCAGAAAGCAAACCGUGGGACGACGAAGUUUUAUGUUUUCUCGAUAACUCUGUUGCUGAAAUGAGUAAGAUAGGAAAAGAAGAUGAAGAGAAAGAAAGCUCUGGUUCUUGCAGCAUUUGUUGUUUGGUUAAAAACAGGGAGCUGAAUCCAAUAGAGAUGAUUCCAGGAGGGUCAAUGAAGAUUGUGAGGGAGAGUCCAACCUCGGCUAUAGUGAGGUUUAAGGCGGGGAGUGUGGAGCCGGCGCAUCAUCAUACGUUUGGGCACGAUUUGGUGGUGAUGGAAGGGAGAAAAAGCGUGUGGAAUAUGAGUAAAGGGGAGAGGUUUGAUUUGAGUGUUGGUGAUUACUUGUUUACACCCGCUGGAGAUGUGCAUAGAGUCAAGUAUUAUGAAGAUACUGAGUUUUUUAUCAAAUGGGAUGGACAUUGGGAUAUGUUCUUUGAUGAGGAUCUUGAGACUGCUAAGUCUGCUGUUGAGAAAGAAACUGUUUGAUCUCUUUGUUUGCCUACCUGAGGUAAUAUGUUGUUUGUGAAUUAUGUGUGGAUUGUGUUGGUGAGUAUGAUUUUGUAAGAGCUGUUAUGUAAAAAGUUAUCUUUUGAAUAAGCAUCUUAAUUUUAUUUGAUGUUAGACAUGGAA